AUGCUUGACAAAGUACAAAAAUUAACACGAAGCGCUUCGACAGUGCGUACAGAUAGUACGGCGUUGGGAUCGAAUAUAUUGGUGCAUCAUUCGAGAGAUACGGAAUAUAAACAGUGGGCUGAAACAUCUGUGAACACGCUAUCGGCCAUCGUGAAAAUAUUCAACGCGCAACGAUCUCUACUUCUUUCACUUGAUGACUUCGCGUCGGCGUGGUCAACGCUUUUAGAGUAUAUCGAGUACUUGGCUGCAUCCGAUAACAGUGAAAUGUCACUUGCGGCUAUCAAAAGCUUUCAGGAGGUGUUACUCGGUCGAGUCACACAACAAUCGAUGGCUGAUAUGAAUUUACGUGAACGAUCAGCGGGUAAGGGUAACAAUGCUGCCGUGACAAGCGCACAAGACGAGUCAUUAUAUUUACCUGAAAAUCUAUGGGUUAUUUCGUGGCAGUGUUGGAUGCGAAUAUCGCAAUCGUUGAUCAGUCCACAACCGCGAAACGUCUCGCAUCAGUUGUCUCAAAAUCCCGCUGGAGUAUUCACUGAAAAAAUCGACGCUCCACUGAAGCAUUACAUUCCUGGCGCUGCGCAUUUAACAACAAUCUUACACGUGUUCUCACCGUUAUUUGAAAGAGUCAAAAAGAAACUUCCCGUCGACGAGCUGAGAUAUGAACGAGUACCGACUAUUUUGAAGGUAUUUUCAGUGGAUAUCGCUGACUUUAUUUGGUAUUUUCUCGAUAAACUAUGCAACUGCGAUAAUAAUGAUCUUUAUGAAAGUUGUUAA